UUACAAAUACGGCUUGUCAUGAAGUUCCCUUUCCACCCACCACCCCUUACUUAGCUUUAGCUUUAUUCUUCUUCCACGUCCAGACGCCCCACCCCUCCCCUCCCCUCCCCCGAUAGUCAGUCCCACCAGCCUUGGCUCGUCCUUUACAUUCUUCCUCACCUUUCAUCAUUCAUUACCUUCCUCCUCCAACAUUAUAGCAGUACUCCAACUCCAUCUCCGUCUAUCUGGAAAGAAAGACUAGCUCCUAAAGAGGCAACAGAGGAUUGCAGCACAACCCCCUCAUGAUCGACAACAACAGCCACCGCCUUCCUUAAUGCGCUAUUAAUAUAUACUCCCUCAACAAGAUGGCCAGCUUACGCCCUCUCUUGUCCAACUUGCUCUACCUUCUCCUCCUGCUCCUCCUCCACCUUGGCUGCUUCAUCUUCAACACCUCCUCCUCCUCUCACCGCCAAUCCAAAAAGCGGAAGCUAUCUGACACCCCAGUACCCCCUUCUCCACCAGCUUCUCGUCUCAAGUUCACGCCUUCUAAGGCUCUCUCCUCCUCUUGGUCGUUCCUCAAACGCGCCUUCUGCUCCAAGCCUGCCACCCCAACAUCAUCAUCAGCCGCCAUCCCCAUCCUCUCACCUUCCUCCUCUACGAGAUCCUUAACACAACCCGUUACCGCCAUCCAUCUCGGCUCAUCCGACACCCUCCUCCCGGACCACCAGACUAGUAUCCGACCCGUUUCCGAAUCCGAUAUCUCCUCCGACCAACCCUUCUUCCCUCUCCGGAACAACAUCUACCCUUGCCCAAUUUGCGGCGAAAUCUUCCACAAGUACCCCAGCCUCCUCGAACAGCAUCAGUCCGUGAAGCACGCGGUUUCGGAGCUCGUUGACGGGGAUACGGGUAAGAACAUCGUCAACAUCAUCUUCAGAACGGGUUGGCCCGGAAUGGCGAAGAGCCCGGCCGUCCAUCGGAUCCUGAAGAUUCACUGCGGUCCCAAGAUACUGAUGAGGUUCGAGGAGUACAGGGAAUGCGUGAUGUCAGCAGCAGCGGGGAACGGCGGCGUCAGGAGGCGGGACGAGAGGUGUAUCGCUGACGGGAACGAGCUGUUGAGGUUUCACUGCACGACGUUCUUGUGUGAGCUGGGGCAAAAUGGCAAUUCCAGCUUGUGCAAUCAUCAGUACUGCAGCGUGUGCGGGAUCAUAGCAAGCGGGUUCUCGCCCAAGAUGGACGGAAUCUCCACGCUUUCCACCAGUUGGAGGGCGCACGCGUCCAUCCCCGAGGACAUGGAGGAGGAGUUCAAGUACUUGCGCGUGAAGCGGGCCAUGCUGGUCUGCCGGGUCAUUGCGGGUCGGAUAGGAUGCGACCCGGAAGACGCGGAUAAGCUGGAUCCCGGGUUCGACUCACUGGUGGGCAGGGAGAAUGGGGUGCCCGCUAGACUGGACGAAGAGGAUGAGUUGUUGGUUUUUAAUCCGAGGGCGGUGCUUCCUUGUUUCGUGAUAGUCUAUACUGUGUAAUUUUGAUCCCAUGCGGGUGUGAGCUUUGUAAUCAGUGCUUGAAUUAGUGUGGACUGUCUGUGACAGAUUUUUAUAUGUUCUUGUGGUUAGUGCUGAUUGUGCUCUUUUAGUUUAGCAGUAUCAGUUAGAGAAAUCAAAGUAGUUAUGCGUAGGACGGGGACAGACCAAAUUUGACCUUUAACUGGUAUUGAUUUAAGCACCCUAUAUGGCUAUGGCUAUGGCUAUGGCUAUGGAGAUGGCUAGCUUUCAUCCAAACCUGAAAGUUGUUGCAUGAUGAUUGAGAAGACUGAAGAGGGAUGCUAGUA